AUGGCGACAGUGGAGCUCCUCCCCCGGCUGUGUCACAUGGUGAAGGGGGAGCUGGGAUACGGGUUCAACCUGCACAGUGACAGAACACGGCGAGGACAGUUCAUACGCAGCGUGGACCCCGGGUCCCCCGCCCAACACGCAGACCUCAGACCCCGGGACAGGCUGGUGGAGGUGAAUGGAGUGAACAUCGAGGCGUUGAGACACUCAGAGGUGGUGUCGUUUAUACGUGGCGGGGGGGACGAGACAUGCCUACUGGUGGUCGACGCGGAAACAGACGAGCUGUUCAAGAGGCUCGGGGUCACGCCCACCAGCACACAUGUCAAAGGUCAGAUGGGCUCACCAAUCACAAACGGCUCGCCCAAUUCACAGACCAAUGGGAGCUCAGCAUCCCAGUACUCACGUUGCUCGACUACCCAAUCAGAAUUCAGCAGCUCAGAUAAAAAUACACAAAAAAACGGACUGCAUCUGAGCCCCACGGCAGCCGAGGCCAAAGAGAGGGCCCAACACGGCAAGAAGAGAGCGCCCCCUAUGGACUGGAGCAAGAAACAGGAGAUCUUCAGCAACUUCUGAGAACCACACAGAACCUUCACAACAAUGUUCUGAAGUCCUUCAAGGUUGGUGAAGAUCUGUCACAAGGACACACCAUAACUACUGUUGGCCGUGCGCAGUAGAUCAUCAGCCCGGAGACAAUUUAACCGUGGGAAAUUAAUAGAAAAUGGCAGACAAUGUUCUUAGGCGAGAGGCGAUAGGACUAACACCGCUGCGCACGGCUGACGUUCGUUAUGGUGUGUCAUGUGACAGAGCUUCACCAGCCAAUCAAGAAAAAAGGCUCCUAAACAAUUCUGUGAAAAACACAGAAAGCCUCUGUCCCCAGCAGGAUUUGAACCCUGGUCUCCCACGGGACAAACCAACAUCUUAACCAUUAGACAAAGAGGAAAUUCCCUAUGGUCUGAGGGCCAACACUUAUUGUGAAGUCACAAGCGGGGCUACCUCAUCACGUGACCAUGAGCAGCCAUGAUCGUCUCAUGUCUGCUACACCUCCAUAUGCCACUACUAUGGAUUAUUACAGUACCUUAGGAUGAGGAUAAAUCAUGUUGUUUAUUUAGCCAGGAUAAUUGACUCAGUUACAAUUGGCACUUGUUUCCAUGGCUCCUAAACAUUUCUCGGAGCUGUGACUUUACUGAAAGUUUUUUGUCCUUCUACAGCAACUAGUAAGAAACAUUCACUGGCCCAACCGCCACACACCGAACCCCACCCCACCUCUUUACCCUCCACAGAAAAACAGGGUUGAUUGUUUCCCAAAAGACUGAGAUGUGGACCUGUAUCCACAAAGUAUCUCAAAGUAGGAGUUCUGAUCUAGGAUCAGCUUGACUUUUUUAUGUCAUAAUGAAUA